AUGAGAAUCUUUGUUUUUCUCGCCGCAUUGGCGGUACUACCAAGUGUUUAUGCGGGCAGUGCUUCUGUCCGGGAGAGUCGAAAGAUGACGCUUGAAUUUAUGGCUGCAAUGCAUUCAAACCCAAAAAUUGCUCAAGGAAGUAAAAUGGGCCGCCGCCGGCUGCAUAUUGAAGAAAGGCAGCGCAAACUUCGAGAAAGCAUCAUGAAGAAGGCACGUAAGCUUUCCAAUAAUCAAGGGGGGUAUCAGCAGUCUCAGCAGUCUCAGCAGCAGAAUGGGGGACAAUCUUACGGAUGGCAAAGUGAAUAUCAAUAUCAGAAUGAUUACAAGUACGGAGGAGAUUACAACUACAAUAACGUGCAAAUGAACGACGGGGGAAGCUACAGCAAUGGACAAUGGAACGGUCAAGGGGUUAAUGGAAAGUAUCUCAACAACAAGGGAUAUGAUAGCAGCAACUACGAAGGAGCAGAUGGAAAUUGGGGCGGAAACUGGGCGUCUGAGUACAAUGGCGAUUUCGACAUGAGUUCCAGAUCCUUCAAGUAUGCUGGAUGUGCAUCAAUUAAGAGUUUUGACGAAUAUUAUGCAAUGCAGAGUACAACACUUGAUCCUUUCAAGACGCAGACCUAUGUCACCUUCCGAUUAUGUCCAGCUGACAGCUGCAACAAGUACUCCCUUAUGGGUUGCUCCAAGAACUACGGAGAGUACGUCGUAGAAAUGGAGUCUUAUCUGGAAUCAAUCAUGGAAUACUAUUCGCAGCGCUAUGAAGAAUAUUGUGAGUAUUGUUUGACAUGUGACAGCGAAGUACAGCUCGAAGCGACUGAAGUUCUACAACAGUGCUAUUUCGAGAAAACAAUGGAGUCCAUGAGCCAGAACAGUAACAGUCAGAGCUCCUAUGCGAACAGCAAUUCAAACAGCAAGAACAACUACGAUACGGUUUAUAAUAAUGGAAACGGCUUGCAGAGUAGCAGCUACCAAACCUCCGAUGGAAACAGAAAGUUGUACUAUGACUACAACAGUGCCAAUGGAGGUCAAUCUGACAACAGUGCUGGUACGACUUACUCCAAGUCCAUGUACGAUGGAAAUGGGUACUGGUCUAAUGGAGAGUUUACUGAAGGAUACUGGAAGGAUGGACUGUUCUAUCAAUAUGAUGAAGAAAUUGAGUCUGCCAUUAAAAAUUGCAAAAAGAACCAAUACGAAGGAAAUUAUCAGGACUACGAUUGUUCGCACUUGAAUGAUUGUGAUGAGCAAAACCAAAUGGAUUACCCACCUUGCGAUAGCGAUGUGUGUGGUGAUUACUACAAGUACUGUACUGAGCUACAUGGUAACGUCAAGAAUCAAACAACGUCCGCCAACACAGACUUUAUGAGCUGUACUCCAUUCGAGAGUUUCUCCUUUGUCAAGGAGAAGAACGUCCAGACAGUUCAAAACGGUGACGAAGAAUAUGUCAAAUACAAGUACAAGCGUUACCAAUAUUAUGACGAAGAACAACAAGGUGUCAUGUUUUACAUUGGACCCCACUGUUCCGACGAUCACUACCAUUUGACACUUGGAGUUUUCUCUGAUGAGAACUGCGCCGACUACAUUGGUGAUCAGGUGUCCGUUUCCAAAGUGCUCGGCUUUGAUUUUGACGAUACAAAUGUAUUUCAGCUUCCAGAGGAAUGUCUUUCUUGCGAUGGUAUGACAGAAGCCUCAGGAUAUAGUGGAAACAACCAGGGAGCUGAUAAGUAUAACGACGACAACUUUGCAAGCAAGCAAUCGGGUUACUACAAGAGCUAUAACGCUGAUGGCUCGGCGAGCUAUCAAUACAGCGAUGAAUACCAGCAAUACAACCAACAAUACGGUGACGGUAAUGACGACCAGUUCAGCGGCUAUGGCGGAAACCAGAAAGCCUAUGGAUCCAAUGCGAAUUACUACUCCACAUACGUUCAGGCCCCUGACACUGAUGAAGAUGGAAUUGUAGCCAUGUGUUCCACGCUCUACAGUGCUAGUGCGCAAUGUAACAAAAACUUAAAGAGUUAUUCGACAUACUCUCAGUACAUGACUCGAUAUGAACUUGAUAUCGAAGCCAGAUACUGCACAUUUAUCAAUAACAUCAAUUCAGGAACAUUUGACAGCGAAGGCCACAUCAUCACUGAUGGCAAUAUCUUCAAUGCCAAGACUUGGAGGAGGCAAAAGUAUGGAUCUCGAAUGACAGUAGGACAAGGAGUUCUCCUUACAUUCAGCGUACUAGUAUGUGCAUCGUUGGCCACGGUCAUUGUCUACUUCCACAAGCUGAUUCGAACCAGACGGGAAUCCCCUUGGAGACCACAAAAAGAGAUUAAUCUCGAAGGCAUGACUAUCGUUGGACCCCCCAUCGGAGCACAAUUGGGUGGCUCGCCCAGAUCGUAUGGAGCAGACAAUGCCUCUCCGUACGCAGCAGGCAAUGCCCCUCUCAUAUACUAG